AUGACGGCAACUACUCCCCCCGCCGUCGCCGUCGCCGGCGAGAGCCCGCCGCCGCUCGUGCACCUCGCAUUUAACCUCUACUCCACCGGCUUCAUCGCCGCGACGGCCACCGGCUUGCGCGUCUUCUCCUGCUUCAGCUCGCCGCUCAACAAGGUGUUCGCCAGGGACGUCGAGGUGUGCCCGGAGGACGACGGCGGCUGCGGUGGCGGCGGAUGGAAGGUGGCGAUCGCCGAGAUGUUCAACGAGGCGUUCGCCGCCGUCGUGUUCCGGCGGGAGAAGGGCGGUGGCGGCGGCACCGUCGACAAGAUCUGCUUCUGGAGCAUCCCGAACGGGCGGAUGUACUGCAUGCACAAGACGCUGCCGUUCGACGGCGCCGUGCGCGGGGUCCGGCUGGUGGGGGAGUUCCUGCUCGUCGCCGGCGACGAGAGGGCGGCGCUGUACGAGCUGCCGCACGCCAGCGCGCCGCCGAAGAAGGUGAAGGUGGUGGAGACGGCGGCGAACCCGCUGGGGCUGGGCGCGGUGGUGCAGCCCGACGGGAACGCGCGGUUCGUGGCCGCCGCGCCGCAGAGGAUGAAGGGGAUGGUGCAGGUGCACCGCCUCGCCGAGGACCACGUCUACGUGCGCGCGCACUACUCCUCCCUCGCCGCCAUCGCGCUCUCCGCCGACGGCCGCCUGCUCGCCACCGCCGGCUCCAAGGGCACGCUCGUCCGCAUCUUCAGCACCAGCGACGGCAAGCUCCUCCAAGCGUUAACUGAUAUUUAG